CGCCACCAGCCCAUCACCACCACCUCUUACCUCUAGGACUAGGCGUGGGGUCCGAAGCACAUCACUCCUAUUUAUACUCCAUUUCCUACGACCCUUGCAACCAAAUCCUCUUCUUCCUCAUCCUUCUUUUCUAGCGCUCUCUCUCGCUUGUCUUCUUUCCUUAGACAAGAAAGAGGAGGAGGGAAGGGGUUUCCUCUUUGUUUGCUCAUUUGUUGCUGCGUUUGUUUGUAAUUUGGUAGCAGAAUGGCCAUGGCUAAGUUUGUGGGUGUGAUGUUGUUGGUACUGCUUGCCAUCUCUGUUCUCCAUGGAACCGUGGUAUCAGCCAGAGAGGCAGAAUAUCACUUGGAUAGUAACCGAUCUGGACCAGGGAGUCUGAAAUCAUACCAAUGCCCAUCGCAAUGCACGAGGAGAUGCAGCAAGACACAGUACCACAAGCCAUGCAUGUUCUUCUGUCAGAAGUGCUGCAACAAAUGCCUGUGCGUGCCUCCGGGUUUUUACGGCAACAAGGGCGUAUGUCCCUGCUACAACAACUGGAAGACCAAGCGUGGAGGACCCAAAUGCCCUUGAUGACUCAAAUACAUUGACAUAUAUAGAUAAGAUCAUAAGAGAGAGAGAGGGGGGAGAAGACACGGUUACAACCACUACUUAGUAGAGAUUAAUAGGCAUUAGUACGUAAUCUACCAAAGUAAUUGCUAGUUAGUCUCUUCCUUCUUUACUUAUUAUACUAAAUACUAGUACGUACUGCUAGUAGUAGUGAGUGCAGACUGCAGAUGAUGAUUUGUUUUUUAUUUAUUUCUUAAUUCCUCAAUUACUGUAACUGUUAAUGUUAAGUCUCAAAUGUUGGAGUGGAGUGAAUCGCUCCUUUGGGUUUCGAAUUUCAAGGGUGUUGUAUUUCCCAAAUGAGAGUGGGGCCAAAGUAAAGAAAAGGCAAUGAUGGUUGUAUGGGUGACUA